UAUCCUCUUGAACGACAACAAUCCUACGUGCAUCAGUACCACUACCCAGAUCUUGGAAAUCCUGAAAUGGAAGGCCUUCUCGAAGCCACUCGUCGUGGAAACACUGCAACUGCUAGUCGCGUUCAAGGGCGUUUUCUGCCAAUCAGUGAUCCAAGGACAAUUCGUGGACUCAGUAGUCGACAAUUUCAACAUCAUGCACUACUUGAUCCCCCACUUCAUCAACCCUACGUCAAUAAUGGUGACGAUCUUGUGGAUGAUGACGAAGAUAUUGACUUCUUCGGUCCUCAUCCACUCCUAGCUCAUCGACGAAUCAAUUCAUCCGAGUCUCUCCAACAACACGUCUUCCGACAGGGCCUUUUCCCGUCGACUACCUAUCAUCGAGGAUAUGCAAGACCCAGAGGCAACAACCCCGCUGUUGGAAAUGUUGUAACAGGUGGACCUUCUGGUGGAGGUGCAGGAGGACCCAAUUCCGGCGUCUUCUACGACACUCGGAAUCCCCAUCUUGCACUGGAUCCGCUCACAGCUGCCUAUCGGGGAAGCGUACUUAGUUCGACGACAGUAUCGUCUAAUCAAGACGAGUUGAUGCAGGCCUACGAAUAUGGACGCAAACAUGGACGAUUUUUGGCUGCUGUAGGAGGGACUGUAACAACAGCUGCUGUGGCAACAACAGCGUCGGGAGAUGUGGGAGCUGUAGCACCCUCGUCAACAGUGGCAAACGCUGGAGGCGGUGGGUCGGGAUCCAGUGAAACUACAGAUCCUGGAAUAUGUCAGUUUACGCAACAGCCUCCAAUGCCGGAUGAAAUGGAUGGCCGACUGCCUAACGGUGUGCAAGCAGGUACAAUCGAAGUGUCCCGUCGCGGUGCGCCAUCUGCUCGUCCUGGACUAGCAGCAAUGGCAAUAGCCAGUGAAGCUCUACCUCCUGCUUUCCUAAAACGUCAGCUGUCCGAAUGCCCCUCAGAAAUGACGGACACUUACGCGUCGGUUGAUUAUUCGGCCAUCGGAGCUGCACAAUCCCGUGCUGUUGUCCCUCUUCGUGGUGGGCUCUCAUCGAAGUUGCCGACGAUUCCACAGAACCAGCAGCUCCUUGCAGCAAGAAUAGAGUUCCCUGAUCUGGAGAGCGAUUCCGGAAUGUCCGGGUUGGCCCGUGGGGCUAUCCCAAUGCCCGGAUACCAUCGGCAGUCUAGCCAGCACAGUUACUACUAUCCCACCACUGCAACAGCAGCGGUAGCGGCUGUGGGAGGCAGUUACUAUGGUCAACCGGUUGGGCGACAGCAUCGAUCUACUAUGGGUGCUUCCAUAGUUCGAAGGCAGGAAUCGAUGACCGGAGUAGGAGGUGGGGGUGGUGUUGGUGGUGGAGGUGGAAUUUCGAGAAGUAGACAGCAACAGCAGCAGCACUAUCAAAGUCGAAAGGGCAUUGCCCGUGGCAUCAGCAACAACAACGCCAGCGCCACCUCUACCGGCUACGGCUCAGCUCCUCGAAGCGUUGUUGCCUUCGAAUCCUCCGAUGGAAGGUGA